AAAACGAGCUCCCUUGCAGACCAGCUCUGUUUCGUUCGUCGUUGGUGGAAAGCCGGGGAUCCCACUUCGAAGGCUUCGUGCAAGAGGGGAGAGAGGUAGAGGGAUGACCACGGGCUGCAAGGACCCGCACUCUCUGCGGAGUACGGAGACCCUAGAUAUAGGGAACGGACUCUCCCUCGUUCCGAGGCUGUGCCUACUCCUCUCCUUGUUCCGCACCGACCCUUGCGUGCGGCCUGUCGACGACUGGAAAAUCAAGCGCUCCAUCCUCGAUUUCCUCCGGAGCCCUAGCUCCGCUGGCGUCGCCCUCGACGUCUCGGAGAGCGACAUCGAGGUCAACAGGUGCAAGGAUCUCAAGAAGAGGAAGAGGGACGAGCCCGUCGCGUCGGGCGUGCUGCGCAUCUACGACCUCAGUUCUUUAAAGAAGAAGAUUGCGGCCGCGGAUGAUGGGAGGAGCGAGGAGGAGCUCUACGAGAAGUGGAAGGCCGCGUUGGUCAGUCGGAUGGACGGGAUGGAGCUGAAUCUGGAAGGUACCAAGUUCAGGUUGUCCGUCGAAGUUCCGGCUUCCGAUCGUUUCGAGAGCGUGAAAAAAUCGUGGGAGGAGUUCUAUGGAGGAAAUAAUCCAAGGGGUACGAGGAGAAGGCCGGAUACACUUUUGAUUACGGGAAUCCCAUCCCGUUGGCUUGCAGAGCCACGAGUAUCUUCAAAAGCCUCAACUCUAGUCACACAUACCAUUUUUUCGGUAUUUGGGAAUAUAAGGAACCUUAACAUCACAAGUGAUGAUGACCUGUGUAAGACAAAUGAUACAAAUAGCAGAAUCAUACCAGAUCUUUAUUGUAAGAUUUGGGUUCAGUUUGAAGAUUUUGAGGACUUCUGUAAUGUGCUGAAGGUGUUAUGUGGCCGCUCCCUGCAAAAGUUGGGAACACGCCUUAAAGUGAAUUAUGGAGUGACUUGGGAUAAAGAUGGCCUUUUCCAGAACUUGCAGCACAAGGCACCUGGUCAUGUUCAACAAAGUGGUUCCUCAAGAUUUAUGCCUGUCAACCGGCCAAGGAAUGACGUGCCAUAUCAUUAUUCUCAAUCGAUGCAUUCUGAAUCAGAAUCUGCCCAUCCAAGGAGAUUCCGAGAUUAGUUCGAAGUUGCUGGCUUUGUCUUGCUGCAUACUUGUUUGUGGCAGUGGCGGAAAUGAAAAUUCUACUCUAUUUAUCUCAAUAUCCUGAUAGAAGCAGUUCCAUUGAUUUUGACAAAAAUAUGCGUGUGCUGUUGUCUGCAAGAGGUAAUGGGGAUACAGCUUCCAGCACUGUAGCAGAGUAAAUCAAAUUGAAUAUUAUACUUUGUAUUUGCGACUCUAUGAUUCUUCUGGUUACCUAAGAUCAGUAGUGUGAUCUGUCCCAGGUUUCUGAGCCUCCUUUUAUCCAGACCAUGGAAUUGUAUCUCCCUCUAUUGUUUACUGUAGGUGGGAGCGGUUUUUUUUUUUUUUUUCAAAACGGGUGCAGAAUAGUGAAAGCUUCAAUACGGUUUACCGUUGAUUUCCGUUGUAUGUAACUUGUGUUUAACUAAAAGUAUUUAUUUUACAAUUCAAGAGGUUAGGGCAAGAGAGGAAGGUCAUGAAUUAAAACCUCUUUUAACCCUUAAUAGGGUUUCUGGUUGAUUUCCUCUGACUGAACUUUGUGUUUAUUCAAGAGGUUAGCCCAACA